UACUUGAUAAUUAACUCAGCACUUGCGUGAAUGAGUAUGGAGAUCUGCUGACAAGGGCAGCCUACAAUAAUGGACUCCAACCGUGGGCUUUCUUUGAAAUGGUCGCUGUUCUAAAUCAAACUUACUAACAGUCCCAGAGAGUGGAUUAUGCAAUAUAGCUAGCGGGUGUUGGCACUGUAAUAAGUAACCGGCUGUGAAUCGGCAAUGAUUGGCAGUUUGGGCUGCGUUAGGAGCGGUUCCGCCACUUGUAGGAGGCCUGCUGUCACUAAUUGGAGGAGCUGUCGGGACUAAGGCGGCAGAAUUCAGGCCGGCUUUAAGAAAGGUCUGCACCAGUUCCAGAGCUCACUGCACUCGCGUGGAGACAGGCCAAACUGCACGGACGAGCCGCAAUCGCGUAUACUACGGUACUUCUCCACAACCUACAGUUAUACCUCUUCGACUGCUUAUAGUCGCAGAGUACAGAUAGAAAGGAACAAUCUGAGGAUCCACGAGCGUGGUAUGUUUUCACGAUGACCAGAAACAGUGUUUUCCAGCAGUUAUCCCCUAGCCAGUACAUUCUGUUUUCUGUGUUUGCCCUAGCCGGCGCGUUCUACAUCGGUGGGUGUCAAGCAACCCCUUAUUCCGACGGCUACCUUAAUGACUGGAAUACCAACUGGGCGCUUCUCAGUGGCCGAAUAAAUCAGCAGAAGUGCGUGGACAUACCAGCCAACUUAUCGCUAUGUAACGACAUAGGUUAUAAAUCCAUGAGACUGCCGAAUCUCUUGGAACACGACACCCUGGCUGAAGUGACGCAGCAAGCAGCAUCAUGGACACCUCUACUGGGCAUUCAGUGUCACCCGAACACCAAACUCUUCCUAUGUUCUCUCUUCUCUCCUGUGUGUCUAGAGAGGAGGAUCUGGCCGUGUCGCUCCCUUUGCGAGGCCGUAAAGUCCAAAUGCGAGGCCAGCAUGAAUCGCUGGGGUUUUCCUUGGCCGGAGAUGGUCCACUGUGAGAAAUUCCCCCUUGAUAAUGAUUUGUGUAUAUCGCCUCAAAUGACGCCAGCUUCAGACGACAAGUCAUGUGAAGCCUGCAAACAACCGAACACAUUUGAAGGUUUAAUUGACAACUUCUGUAGAGCCGAAUUCGUGCUAAAAAUGAAGAUUCGUAAAGUGAAACCAACAAAAGGAUAUAAGAAGCUUUAUUUCAAGAAGAAGAAAAAGUUUUUCAAAAAGGGAAACCUGAAAAAGAAGGAAGUUAAAAAAAUGAUCGCUUACAUAAAGAACGGAGACAGAUGCGAAUGUUCGCAGGCCCAAAAAGGCAAGCAGUAUUAUAUUAUAAUGGGUGUUCGCUCCGCCGAUGGCAUGUACCUUAUCACAUACAUGAACGUCUGGCAGAAGAAAGACAAGGAAUUCAAGCGGGCUAUACGAGCUAUGAGGAAGGGCAACGUCUGUGUUGGUGGAGUCAAAGCUCUCGAAGCCCGUUCGUCGAGUACAGUGAAGGCAUCGCGGAAACGACGGAAAAAUAAGAAAACUAGCCUGAGAACGAGCCUGAAUUUACCCUAAUUACCUAUUUAAAGAGACAAACUUAACGCAGAGACCAGGGAAAGUGCUAUUCCAACUCAACUCUUGACAGUGUGUAUCUGUAUCUUACUCACUCGAGCAGUGUAGCUGGUACAAUUGAUGAUCAUUAUCAGCACGUGUGGGGAACAACUAUAGACGGGAAGACAAAACAGUCUUUUCAAGCCGCUCAACGCUUGCAUCGGGUUUCCAGGAGGUGGAGUUUUGGAGUUACAGUGAAGAAAGCACUUUGUGCAUUUAUUUCAUGGUAUCAUCCUCACACUGGCAAAGGGUAAAUCGACAAUCCAGACACACCGCGCAUCCCACUAUGAGAAAGUGGCUCUCAAGAUCAGCACACGCUUGUAGGAAGGAUAACCAGACGCUUCUGACUGACAAUCUUAAAGAACGCUCCCUACCAUUUCUGUUUUGCACCCUACUCCGUAGUUCCUUUGACUCUUCUCAGAAGGAUGUAUUAAAAUCGUAAUUAGGCUUUAAUGAUGAGACAAAAUUCACAUUUGUAGCAUAUUUCUGUAUCAAAGAGUAUAGCACAGUAUGGAUUAUUCAUGAUCACAUCUGUUUUAUUUUGAAAUUUGAGUAGUGUCUAGACCUGUGAUUGAAAUGGACAGAGUUUACUGCAUGAUUGUAUGGAUUCAAAGGAAUGAAGAGAGGAAGCGAAGAAGUAAUGUUGAAGAACCUGUUGCAUUUAAAUUGUGAUUCAGUUUCAAGCUGGGGUAUGAUUUGUCUUGUUCUAUGACAUGUAAUAUAUGUGAAUUACGCCGUAGGAAAAGCGAUCUGUAUAUAGCUUGACGAUGAACUGUUAAUUGGGGGCCUGUAAGAAGCGCAGUCUUGGGUGUGUUCCAGUCUACUCCUGUUUUGGAUACAGUGAAAGCGUGGCCUGAUCAUUAAUAAUAAACAGCAAGAUAGGAGUGCAGAAUUGUUGAAACUCGGGCACCCCAAAGAUUGUAUAAAUAUGUAUUAGGUUUCCAGUAAAACGACUGUUUGUUUAUUUGCUCGGAUGUUAAUGGUUAGGGGUGUUAAGCGGUGAAUUUAUCGCACCACCCAAGUGUUCGGUACACUCAAGGGGUUUAGGCGGUAUUAACAUAGUGAUAUCAAGAGAACCAGUUUUAACACCAGCUGUAAUGGUUGGAUUUAGAGAUUCACUUAUAGAAUAAUGCAGAAAAGAAUUAAUACAGCAAUACAUGGUCUGAUAACCAAAAGUAUCAUUUCUAAACUGUUCAAUUAGCACACAUAUAAAUUUGUGGUAUACGUGAUAAUAUUUUGUAUUGUACAUAUUUGUAUUAUAGAUCAACAUUGUGAUUACAUAUAGAGGUAUUAUUUUAUGUAAUCGUAUCAAUGGCAAACCCUAGCUGUUAAAUCCUUUGACAGGAUAACCCCAGUGACUUUCGGUGUACUUUAACAAGCGCCGAUAACUGCUGUUGAUUUUAUUGCUAAUGUCGAAGGCUAUAAUAUUAUUUCUUACCCAA